AACAGCAAGUUUCUAAAUCACAUGGUUAGAUUAACAUAUGCAUAAAUACAUAUCAUUUCUUAAGUUAUUCGUUUAUUGGCUUAAUGGUUUUGGAAGUUGACAAAUGAAUCCUCGCUUUCCUAGCACCGUACCCAAAGCGCACAACUCUACUACAAAAUCCAAAAAACUAAACCCCGCCUGGCCUUCUCUCUCUCUCUCUCUCGCUCUCUCUCUAUCUCUCUUGCUCUGCAAUGAUAUAAAGUGGCAGUACUAACGGGACAGACAGAAAAGAGAGAGUGUUUUUAUAAUUCUGCCAUGAAUGCUCCUUUGCUUCCUUGGCACCCAUGAUUCUCUCUCUUUGAGCCCUUUUUCUAUUCAUUACAUUACAUAACUGACCUACCAAGCAAAGAAGCUCCAGCUCUGUAACCGUAAACAUAUUUGCCAUGUUCAGAUUCCAUUUUUCAUGAAUUAUAUUUUCCUUGCUAACUGUACUUCUCUUUGUACCAUACUCUUCUUCUAUUUGUCAAGUUCUAUUCUCAAUCUAAACUUGAUCACCAGCGCCGCAAAGACCAUACCUAUAUUUCAAAAUCCUAUCUUUACUUCAAAUGUCUAAGAAUCCAUCUCAGCAAGACCAUGAAACCAUGGAAAUUUUUGAAAUUUUCAAGAAAUUCAAGCGUUUGCGACUUUUUGAGCCAUCUGUAGGGGUUUUGGCUUUCUUUUUGGUUAUAGUUUGUGUGGUUUGCAGCUUCUUUUACUGGGAUUUCAAGUCCGUAAUAACUAAAGGGUAUAGAGUUCCGGGUAAAUCAGAGAGAUUUAUGUGGCUGCAGUUCAACGGGUCUAGUCCAAGGCCGAAUAGAAGAGUCGAGUUUUUAGGAGAGAAGGGUGAUGGGUGUGACGUGUUUGAUGGUGAAUGGGUGUGGGAUGAGACUUAUCCAUUGUAUCAGUCUAAAGAUUGCAGCUUUUUGGAUGAAGGGUUUAGGUGCUCUGAAAAUGGUCGGCCCGAUUUAUUCUACACCAAAUGGCGAUGGCAACCCAAGCAUUGCAAUUUGCCCAGUUGUAAGAAAACCUUUUUUUCGCUGACAAAUAUAAACAGAUUUGAUGCUAAAGUAAUGUUGGAGAAGCUACGUAACAAACGGCUAGUGUUUGCUGGAGAUUCGAUUGGAAGAAAUCAAUGGGAGUCUCUCCUGUGCAUAUUGUCUUCUGCUGUUUCUAAUAAGGACUCAAUCUAUGAAGUGAAUGGCAGUCCAAUUACCAAGCAUAAAGGAUUUUUAAUAUUCAGGUUUAAGGAUUAUAAUUGUACUGUGGAGUACUACCGAGCUCCGUUUCUUGUAUUGCAGAGCCGGCCUCCUGCUAAUGUUCCAGGAAAUGUUAGAUUAACUCUAAAAUUGGAUCAAAUGGAUUGGAGCUCUAGCAAAUGGAGUAAUGCUGAUGUGCUGGUCCUAAACAUGGGGCAUUGGUGGAAUUAUGAGAAAACGAUAAGAGGAGGAACUUACUUUCAAGAAGGGGCAGAAGUGAAUUUGGAAAUGAAGGUUGAAGAAGCAUAUAAGAGGUCCUUUGAGACUGUGGUUCAAUGGAUACAUAAUAAAGUUAAUACAAGCAAGACCCAAGUUUUCUUCCGCACAUAUGCUCCUGUGCAUUUCCGAGGCGGAAAUUGGAAGACGGGGGGAAGCUGCCACUUAGAGACGUUGCCGGAGCUUGGGUCAUCAUUGGUGCCACCUGAAACAUGGACGCAAUACAAAAUAGUUGCUGAUCUAUUAUCAGCUUACUCAAACCAGGUAAUGAGAUUCAGUGUAUUGAAUAUAAGCAGCAUGACUGCACAAAGAAAAGACGGCCAUUCAUCUGUAUAUUAUCUGCAUUCCAAACCCGCACCAUUGCAUCGGCAAGACUGCAGCCACUGGUGCCUGCCUGGAGUGCCUGAUUCAUGGAACGAGCUUCUUUAUGCACAGUUACUAAAGCAAGAAGCCAUGAGGACAUAUAGACCACAGUUUUGAACAAGAAAGUUCUUAUUUAUAGCCAGCAUUGAAAUAGGAUUUACACUCUUAGAAAUGAUACUUUCCAACCAAUGAUAAAUUGGGAAAAAGACCAGGUAUACCGAGACUUUAUCGAUCUUUUUUUUUGCUUUUUUGUGGAUAGAGAAAUCAAAAUUACAAAGGACUGGAUGUUCUUGUCCUGGAUAAAGGUAAUUGAUCAAAGAGAGGAGGGAAAAUGUAGUGGCUAGUGGAAGUGUAUAUGCAGGAGGAGGUUUUGCAAUAAAAGCAAUAUUGUGUAGCUAGAAGUAUACUAUACUAGUGCAUAGGAUUGUUGUGAUUACAAUCAAGUGGUGUAAUUUCUUGGAGGAAAAUGUAAUUGGCAAUUCUGUUUGUCAAAUAAUAUAAAUGAGAAGUAACUAAAUUUCAAUUUGAUUUGGCA